AUGAGUAACGAUGAUAGUAUGUCGGUUACUGGAGACAGGAACCGCAUUGCUCGGGAUUAUGCAUUUGCCCGUAUCGAAAGUAUGGAAAACACGGACUUGGUAGGAUAUACUUUACAGGACGUGAAAGAAAUUACGGAUGAGUUUCACAGAGCACAGAUAGAAGUAUUGGCGUCAGUUUCGAAAGAACAUAGACCAGGCGAGUUAAAUUUUUCGGCUCAGUUUGAAACAAAAGUGAGGUCAAUAAAGUAUCGUAUGUUGAAGAAGUCGCAAGCUGAUAUAAAACCUUCAGUUUCAGUUUCGGAUAAUCAGUGCUUAAGUGUAAAGCUGCCUAAAAUAAACAUAACGCCUUUUGAUGGAAGGAUUGAAAAUUGGAUUUCUUUUAAACAGCUUUAUGACUCACUUAUUCAUAAUAGGGAAAUUCCAGCAGUGGAAAAGCUACAUUAUUUAUUGACCUAUGUUCGAGGAUGUGCAUUGGAUUUAAUAAAGAAUUAUCCAAUUUCAGAUGAGAAUUAUUUAAAUGCAUACAAUGUUUUGAAAAAUCAUUAUGAACGUAAAAGAGUGUUAGCGUCAAUAUUCUAUGAAAAAUUAUUACACUGUGAAUCUGUGAAGUCUAAAAGUAGUACAGAAUUAAAUAGAGUUUUUCGUACUUUUAAAGAAAAUAUUGAAAUUUUAGACAAAUACCAGUUACCAGAUAGGAAUUUUAUGCUGUUCCAUUUGUUAUGGUCCAAGCUUGAUGUAGCUACUAGAGAGGCUUUCGAGUUACAAUUAGAGUCUGAUGUUGAUAUUCCGGAAUAUGCUGACUUGUGUAAAUUUAUAGAAAAGCGAAGUCAAGCUUUGGAAAAUUCUGGUAAAUUGAAUAUUGUUACUACAAAGCCAGUGUCUAAAACAAAGUCAUCGCUUAUUGUACCACCUGUGAUCAGCUGUACGUUGUGUUUAAAGGUUGGCCAUAAUAUAGACAAAUGUCCCAAAUUUUUAAAAUUGACACCUCGUGAGAGAUUUGCUUGUGUGAAGGAUAAACGACUUUGUAUUGUAUGUCUUCAUCCCUCUCAUACAGUCAAACAUUGUAAGUCUUCAGUUCACUGUGACAAAUGUAAGUAUAGGCAUCACGCGCUACUUCAUUUCCACACGUCUGCUGAUGAAGACAUUUCUCAACAAUGUAUCGAAGGGACUUCGUCGAAUAUUCCCACAGCGUUGACUGUUCCUGGAGGUCAUUCCCAAAUUUUAUUUUCGACUGCUAUGGUCUUAAUUAAAAAUAAAUUUAAUAAAUUGACCCCUAUUCGCAUACUUUUGGACAGUGCUAGUGCCUGCAAUUUUAUUACUUUGACUUGUGCUCAGAAGCUUGGACUUGACAUAAGGGACAAUGCCCAUUCUGUGAAUGGUAUUGGUACGGUAUCGGCCGAUACUCUUGGCACUGUCGAAUGUGAGAUAGUACCAUCUAAUGGUGGCUCCUCAUGUAACUUUUCGUUUAAUGCUCUCGUUUUGUCGCAAAUUUGUACUGACAUGCCGUCGGGACAAAUUGAUAUUUCCUCUUGGAAACAUAUUAGGGGAUUAGAUCUUGCUGAUCCAUUCUUCCACCAGCCUGGGCCUAUUGACAUGUUGGUCAACGCCAAUAUUCUCGCUUCGGCACUUCAACCUGGUCUUGUCAAGGGCGAGUCAGGUCAGCCUGUUGCUAUCCGCACUGUUUUCGGCUGGAUAGUAAUGGGUGAAUGUGCAAUUGAUGUUGACACUUGUCGUUCUCGUUUUCGUAAAGGUUCCUGUGUUGUGACUAAGGACUGUCUUUUAGUGUCGAGUUUGUCUUUGGACAACAGUUUAAAGAAGUUCUGGGAGUUGGAGAAUUUAGAUCCUCCUAAGCCUGUCGUUUUUUCGAAAGCUGAAUUGUCGUGUGAAACCUAUAUGGAGGCUUCUUAUUGUCGUAACCCUGAAGGUAGGAUGAUUGUCCCGUUAACCUUUGUCGACCCUCAGGAGAAGCCAAGGUUUUUAAAUUCUCGUGAGGUCGCACUUAAGCGACUUCUGAAUUUAGAAAGGAAGUUUAAAAUAAACCCUCUCUUUCGUACUGCUUAUAUUAACUUCAUGGACGAUUACCUCAAGUGUGGUCAUAUGGAAGAAGUUGAGCCGCCUCUGUCGUCUGAAGGCCACUUCUAUUAUAUCCCUCAUCACGGAGUUCUACGCCCUGACUCGGUUACCACACCCUUGCGUACGGUCUUUGACGCAAGUGCUAAGGAUGCCGCUGGCGUGUCCUUGAACGAUUCGUUGCUCCCUGGCCCUAAGUUACAGAAGAACAUUUUCGAUCUUCUGGUUAGGUUUCGUUGGCAUGCUGUAGUCUUCACCGGGGACAUCAAGCAGAUGUAUCGCCAAUUCUUGGUCGAGUUGCGAGACUGCGACUAUCAGCGCAUUCUUUGGCGAGCGUCUCCAGAGGACCCUGUGAAGGAUUUUCGCCUCCUUACCGUAACUUAUGGGGUAUCCUGCGCUCCGUACCAGGCGCUUUGGUGCAUCGCUAAGGUAGCUGAGGAAUUCUCAUCUCGUGCUCCUCAAGGUGCUGCUGUCUUGGCGAGAGAUACUUACGUAGAUGACAUUGUGUCAGGUGCAGACUCUAUUGAGAGUGCUCUACUAAUGCGCAAGGAGUUGCUGGACAUCUUGUCGUCGUCUUGUCUCCAUUUGCGGAAAUGGGCCUCCAAUAGCCCUGAAUUUUUGAAUUCUUGUCCGGACUCUGACUUAUAUUCCGACCGCCUCCGGAGUUUCGAAGAUAUAAGUGAUUUAUCGCUUAAAAUUCUGGGUCUCUCUUGGCUCCCACAAGAGGACAAAUUUACUUUUCGUACUUCAAUGGAUGAUUCACGCUGUACUAAGCGAUCUAUCCUCUCGGAUAUCGCAAAGAUUUUCGACCCUUUGGGUUUAUUAUCGCCGGUCGUAUUUUUUGCGAAAUAUCUAAUACAACUGUUGUGGUUGUCUGGAACCGAUUGGGAUAGCGAAGUUCCUGUUACUAUCGCGCAGGAGUGGCGUAGGUUUAAGUCGCAGCUAUCAUCCUUGAGCUCGCUUUCCAUUCCUCGUCGAAUGGUCGAAUCUUUUACGUCGUUGCAGCUUCACGGUUUCUGUGACGCCUCAGAAAAGGGUUAUUGUGCCGUCAUUUAUUGUCGUGUCGUUAAAAAUGACAGCACUAUCGUUGUGCGACUUUGCUGUGCGAAGUCGAAAGUGGCCCCUCUUCGUAGGUGUUCCGUUCCUCGUUUGGAGCUGCUAGCUGCUGUUUUAUUAUCGAACUUAAUCGCUUCGUUCAAAAAGGCUUUAGAUGGUUUUUAUAAUUUUGACGACAUCUGCUGUUGGUCAGAUUCAAGUGUCGCUCUGACAUGGAUCCGCUCUUGUCCAUCGAAGUGGAAAACCUUCGUGGCCAAUAGAGUCUCGGAUAUUCAGGAGAAAGUGUCCCCUCAAAACUGGUACCACGUGGCUGGUUCUGAAAAUCCAGCGGAUUGCGGUUCUCGCGGUUUACAUCCUGCUGACCUCAUCCAGAACGUAACAUGGUGGGCGGGGCCUAAUUGGCUUUCUCAACCUCAAGAGUUUUGGCCACGGUCUGAGAUACAGUUUGACCACCUUGCAUCUGAUGAACAGAAGAUUUAUAGCCUCUUUACAGCUUCUAACAUAUCGUUCGUAGAUGAAAUUCUCAAUCGAUAUUCAUCUUUUAAGCGGAUUUUAAACAUCCUAGCUUAUUGUUUUCGGUUCAAAAAUAAUUUGAAAAACUCUUCUUCGAAGGAUUUAAAAUCACAAUUGUCGCCUGAGGAAAUAAAUAAUUCAUUUCGCUUCCUCGUGAAGCAUGUCCAAGAGUGUGCCUUUGCUACAGAAAUUCGUCUGUUGUCGAAAGAUAGUUCUUCUCGUCCCUUACCUAAACCCAUGAGAAAGUUAUCUCCGUUUUUGGAUGAACAUGGGCUUUUGAGGGUGGGCGGUCGCCUAUCUAAAGGAAGGCUGACUUAUGACGUUAAACAUCAGCUAUUAUUGCCUCGUGAUCAUAGGCUCACGAAAUUAAUAGUUGAUGAUUAUCAUCAGCGCUUUAUGCACCCUGGACUGCAAACUCUCCAAAACUUGUUGGCCCAAGAAUUUUGGAUCUUGUCUUCGAAAAGAGCAAUACACUCUGUUGUGUCGCGUUGUAUAAAAUGUUUUCGCGCCCAUCCGAAAGUGGCACCACCUCCUCUUAUGGGUAAUUUGCCAGCCUUUCGUAUCAACCAGAUAAAACCAUUCUCGUCUGCUGCUGUAGAUUAUGCGGGGCCUUUUGAUGUGUGUUUGGGGUUGGAGUACAUUUAGCGUUUAAAAACUAAAAAUUGGCGCCUAUCCUUAAACUUUUUGUUUUUUAUUUCAAUACUGUGACUUUGGGACGUCUGAAAAAGGUUUUUUUUCUAAAACGUAUGGAUACUUCGCCCACAGAAGCCGCCCAAGUUGUGGCAUUGCUGGAUUCUGGCCUUAGUCAGCGUGUUGUGGCUGCAAGACUGCAUCUAAGCCUGUCAUCUGUUCAUAGAGUCUAUAAACGUUAUCGGAAGACUGGUUUGUUCACGCGCCGUUCAGGAUCUGGCAGGAAUCGGGUCACUUCUGAGCGAGAUGAUCGAUUUAUUGUAACAACUUCUUUAAGAAAUCGACGCCUUAACGCUUUUCAACUGCAGCAGCGGCUUCGUGUUGUACGAAGGGUGGCUGUAAAUGACUCUACAAUUAGAAGAAGGUUGAAGGAUCGUGGACUGGUACCGCAUAAGCCAGCAAAUGGGCCGAAAUUAACUGCAGACCAUCGAAGAGCGCGCCUUAACUUUGCACGUGAGCACCUAAAUUGGUCAUACCUACAGUGGAGCAAAGUUCUCUUUUCUGAUGAGUGUAAAAUUAUGCUGUAUGGUAACGACGGAAGGAACAAGGUCUACAGAAGAGACGGAGAACGCUAUGCACAAUGCUGCAUUGAAGAAAAGGUCAGCUAUGGUGGCGGUUCUGUAGGUAUGACCAAUUUAGGUGCUCACGUGCAAAGUUAAGGCGCGCUCUUCGAUGGUCUGCAGUUAAUUUCGGCCCAUUUGCUGGCUUAUGCGGUACCAGUCCACGAUCCUUCAACCUUCUUCUAAUUGUAGAGUCACUUACAGCCACCCUUCGUACAACACGAAGCCGCUGCUGCAGUUGAAAAGCGUUAAGGCGUCGAUUUCUUAAAGAAGUUGUUACAAUAAAUCGAUCAUCUCGCUCAGAAGUGACCCGAUUCCUGACAGAUCCUGAACGGCGCGUGAACAAACCAGUCUCCCGAUAACGUUUAUAGACUCUAUGAACAGAUGACAGGCUUAGAUGCAGUCUUGCAGCCACAACACGCUGACUAAGGCCAGAAUCCAGCAAUGCCACAACUUGGGCGGCUUCUGUGGGCGAAGUAUCCAUACGUUUUAGAAAAAAAACCUUUUUCAGACGUCCCAAAGUCACAGUAUUGAAAUAAAAAACAAAAAGUUUAAGGAUAGGCGCCAAUUUUUAGUUUUUAAACGCUAAAUGUACUCCAACCCUAAACACACAUUUGUCUCAAAACAGUGAUUCAUUUCGUUUAUAAGAUAAACAAAUGAAAUUCUAAUUUUGAAUUUAGAAUUUUCGCUUAUUACUGUAAUGGCCAAACUGCCAGCUAUACAUUUAUGUAUUUUUUUUCAUCGUAUGAAUUCUUUUUUGUGUUAAAUUCGGACAGAAACAAUGAAAACGGAAGUGUUUCGAUUUUUUUGAUGA